GGAGGGGGCCGGAAACUGAUCAGCAGUCAUUGACCAGAUUUGGCAUUUCAAGCUGUUUUUCUCUCAAACAGCAGUUUUCGUGGAACAAAGAAAAAUGCUCAGCUUUGGAUGAUGGGCAAGGCAAAAGGUCUCCAUUUGUGUACACUUGGAGUGUUGAUUUUCCGGUUGUCGAAGAGGGCAUUCCGCGGAAAACCAAGCCCCGAGAGAGUCUAGUAAUGAAGGAUGCUGAAAAAUAUAUAUUUCCCCAUUCCUUUUCUUUUCUUCUGUGCACUUGCUAUACCCGGACUCUUGAUUUGGAAGAUGUAGCUUAAAGAGAGAUUUUUGUUGGUGGAGAAAGCAAGUUUCUCCAUACAACUCUGUGGUAGCCAUUCGAAGUGUGCUUCUGGCCUCGUGGCAGCCAUUCGAAGUGUGCCAGCACUUCUGCCUCAGGGUUACUUUAUGUUUUUGAAAGAGAAAGGGCAGUUCUUGACAUGCGUGGUCAGUGAGUGGCCCACGUUGCCAGCAUCCACAAGAGCUGUUUGCCUGCUCUUCUGGGUGUGGCAGAGGCCUUUUCUUCAUGUUCUCUUGGUGUAGAAACAUCUUGUCCGUUCCCUCAGGGUACACAGCAGACAGUUUGUGGCAUGCGGUCACCCGCACAGAAGAAUGUGCGCUGGCUUUCUGCUUCUUUUGUCCUGCCGCUCCUAAGCCAGGUUCAAACGUCACAGCAAACCCUGGCGUGGCCAUACGGAAGUCUUGCUCUUCCUCUCUUUGUGGACGUUAAUUGUGUCUAUUUUUAAGCAUGCCAUAGUCUGCUAUUACAUCUAAAGAAGCAAUGUGUAGGUUCUGCUUGCCCUAAAAACCAAUUUUCUCCUGGGCUAGAGUCCUGGCUAGGUUAGAUUAAGUGGAAAAUCUGAUUUUAUGAAGGUAUGCGAAGGUGCCAAUUGUGUCUUACCUCAUUUCGUAGUGAGUUUCUGGACCUCAUCUGUACACAAAGGGUUAGGAUCAUGCUGCUUUUCCUACACUGUUCACCGUAAUUUUAUUUGUAUUAAAUUUCAGAGCUGUUGAAUAUACUUUGCAGAGUACCUUAGCUCACUUUGUUCCUUUACUUUGUUGAUACCCGAUUUUUUCUCAGCAGUAGAGACCCAAAGCGGCUUACAUAAUUCUCCUCACCUGUUUUACCCCCACAGCAACCCUGCAAGGUAGGCUAGGUGGAGGUUGAUCUCCUGUGGCCACAUGGGGAUUUGAACCUGGGUUUCCCAGAUCUUGUCCCUCCAGUGUGGUGCCUGUGAGCGCCCACCAAAACUUUCUGACAUCCCCCAAGUCCUUUUUUAAAAUGGGCGAGACCAAUGGACUUUCCCCCAGCAAGGCUUCUGAUUGACAAGUGGAGAUAUCACUGGGUUUGCAAAUUUUAGAAAAUGUACCUUCGGCAUCAACUGCUAGUAUGGUACAAGGAUCUUUGCUGUGUGACUGAAGGCAAUCCGCAGCAGUCGUUUUGUGGGAACACCCACCAAUUGUAUCAGCAUCCCAAAGGUGCCCGCAGGCCCUAAAGGUUGGACACAAAGCUGCUGGAAAGCCUCAGGGCUUCUCUGAUCUGCAGCACAGUCCGUUCUGAAGAGGGGAAACAGAUGCACAGUUGAGAAACUGAUCCAAAGGGGAAAAAGACAUCUGGCAAGGAGCCUAGCCCUGCCCACUUUGAGUGGAAGCCCGGCCAGUCGUGCUUUGCAAAGGGGCAGCCCUGUAAGCGGCAAGACACAGCAAGAAAAUCCAGCCGCCCCUGACGGAUUCCCAACAUCUGGCCUCUGCUGCGUCUCCGGCAGACCUGGAUGCGGAGCUCUGCCUGCUUGGGAGAGGAGGGAGAGACUCAGUAGCUGGCAGCUGUCCAGGAAGUGAGAAGGACCACCUGGCAGGGAUCUGGCAGCAGCGCAAGAGUGAUGUGACUCCAUCAUGGCUGAAUACCACAUCCGCACUUUCGAGGACAGCGACUACGAGGCAGUGCGCGCCAUCUUCUCCGACGGCAUCCAAGAGCACGCUCCGGCAGGCUGUUGGCAUGUACUCCGGUGCCCUCAGACCCACCUGCUACUGCUGGCCGUCUUCCUCGGGGCUUACGGGGUGUCAGCUUCUUUCCUCUUCGCCUGGGCAGUGGUGGCAGCCCUUUUGGUAAUGGGGUGGGUGCGCAUGAAGGGCCUCUGGAAGGAAUAUGUCCAAGCUGCACUCGUCACCGAUAUGCUGGACAUCCGGAAAACCUACCUGGAACCCAAAGACUGUUGCCUUUGGGUGGCGACGUCUGGAGAGAUAGUGGUAGGGAUGGUGGCCGCUGUUCAUCCAGAAGACCCGUCACAGUGGGACAAGGCGCUGGAGUUGAAGCGCAUGUCGGUGGCCAAGGGACACAGGGGCCGUGGGCUCUCCAAGGCGCUGACCAGGACCGUCAUCUGCUUCGCCCAGGAGCGGGGGUACAAGGCGGUCAUCCUGGGGACUUCCAUGGUGCAGCACGCGGCUCAGCGAGUCUACGAGGGAAUGGGCUUCCGCAGAGUCAGAGUGUUCAGCCCCUCUCUCUUGGCGAAGCUGCUGCAGUUCUACGUUUACCUCUACCGCUACGAGAUUGCUGGAUCGCGAUGAUGGCUUUCUCCAGAAAGGGCUGCCUGGAAUCUAGAGCUCCCAGGGUCAGACCCCAGCAUCUCAUAGAAUCGGAGAGUUGGAUUUGACUGUCUAGUCCCGUGGUGGUGAACCUUUGGCACUCCAGAUGUUAUGGACUACAAUUCCCAUCAGCCCCUGCCAGCAUGGCC